CGAAGCGCCGUUGCUCUUGUGGCCGCCGCCAAACAUCCGCCGCAAAGGGGCACCGACCACCACCACCCUUCCGCCGCCCGACGCCCGGGGCGCUUGCGACGCCCUUCUCCUACGUACAGGACGACUGCAGCAGCACUUCACACAUCCGGGUCGUGCACGAGAACGCAUGGCUGGGUGACGACGACCGUAUUGCUGCACCCUCCCGCACAGCCUGUCCCUACGACUUCUCCCAGAUCACGCGGGUCGUGGCCCAUCUCCACACUGCUCGACGUAAGCGCGGCUGGCUCGCAACGGGACCGCAACAAAGAAGAAGAAUAAACCAAAGACCGGCUGACACACGCCGCUGCUCCUGAGCAAAGGCACUCGAUAUACACACUCCGAAACGGGACUUCGAGAUUUUGAUCCCAGGGAAGCCCCUUGCAUCCACGACCGGGUCUAAUUCCCGGCGAACACCUGCUCGACAAGUGCAAGUGCGCCCACAGUGCAACACCGCCCCAGCGCUGCAUACGAUUCAUCUGGCAGUGGUGCUGGGCAGUGCACCGUCUUUCCUCCCUUGAGACUCGGAAGUCUACUCCCAUCCAUCGCCCACCGCAUGGUCGACAGCCGCGACUGCUACUCCACCACCUCCCCUGAGCCGCGGCUCUGCAGAGUCUCUCCUUCCUUCCGCCCACGAUGCAGCGCCCGCCCAUGUCACCGCUCUCGAUGAGCAGCAACGACUCGUCCUUCGUCGGCCAGUACAGCAGCCUUGGUGCAGCGACAUUGGGGAAUCCCAGCGACGGGCCUUACGGUAGCGGAGGACCCUAUGGCGCCGCCCGACCUCUGCAGUCCUCGCCACCUUCUUCGCAACACCCGAGCAGCUCGACCGACGUGUCGCGUCCCUCCGCGAGCGGGUCGAGCAUGAGACCGCCCUCUUCUGCGAGCUCCGUAGGAAUGUCCAAUGAUGGGCGCAUGGGUCUCCCGAGACCGCCGAAUCGAGACAGCAGCAGGAGUCAGAUAGCACCGGGUAGCGAAGAGGCAUUGGCGAGACACUAUGGUGCACUCAAGGCAUACUUGGCCGACAGUCUGCAAGACGAGAAGGGCAACGUGAGACCGAAUAGAGCGCGGGACAAGCUAUUGCGACUGAGUGUUACGCAAUUCAUGGAACUCAGCACUGAUGUGUACGACGAGCUGGUUCGAAGAGAAGACGAGAGGUUACAACGCGUGGAGAAUGUGCCCAGAUUCCUGCUGCCCAAGCAGAAUUUCCAUCCGAAACGGAAUCAGGCGCGACAGAAACUCAGCACACUACCUCCGGAACGCUUCCGCCAACUCGCAACUGAUGUGUUCUACGAGCUCGAACGACGCAUACCGAGAUUCGUUGGCGGAGACAUUUCACGACCAAUGAGCGGCGCUAGCAACGUCAGCAGUCGGAGUCGUGCACCCACGAUCAAUGGGAUGCGGCCGCCAGGACCCGGCUACGGAAUGGGCAUGGGCGGCCCUCCACCACCGAGGGGCGCUUCUCAAGGAGCGCCGUAUAUUGCGGGUCCCAACGGCCCAAUGGCACCCGGCCAGCGCAGACCGAGCGAAGCAGCGUCCUUGGGGCGGCCUCUGCCCAAGCAGUUCGCAAGCAAUACGAUCGUACCCAAUAAGAGCACAAUGGUGGAAGACGACGAUAUGGACGAUGACGAGUUCGGACUGGACCAUGUCUCUCCAGGCAUCAGCGAUCGUUAUAGCAAGGCGACGAGCGCGGAAGACAGAGAUCGCAUGAAAGCUCAAGCAGAGGAGAUUGCAGAAUUGAAAGAGAAAUUGGAAGCGCUCGAGAGCAAGUUAGCCAUCAAGGACAAAGAGCUGGCGAAGACUGCAGACAUAGAGGCCGAGCGCGGCGAAUGGGCUACGACACGAGUAGGACUGGAGCAGAAACACACCGAGGCGCAGAAUCUCAACGAUGCGCUCCAGCAGGAAAUAUCCGAGCUGAAAUCGAGAUCACGGGAUGACGACGAGAUCCGCGAUCAACAUGAUCGCAACUUGCAAGACUUUCAAGAGCAAAUUGAAGAUCUUCAGGAACAGCUCGCAGCCAAGAGCGACGAGAAUGGAAAGCUUCAACUCCAGCUACGAGAGGGUGCCGAAGACACCGCAGCAUUACAUCAGCUGCAGGUGGAACUUGACGAACUUCGACACCAAUUGUCGAACAACAGAAGCCAGCUGAGCUCCGCCGAGCACGAGAAGCAAAUGGCUGAAAUGCAAGAAGAGCUCCGCAAACAACAGAAACUCAAUCAGGAAGUCCAAGACCAAGCCAUGGUGUACUUGAGGGAAAUGCGCGAGCUCAGCAGACAACACGACGAGGCUGUCGAGCAAGAGGAGAAGAUGGCAGCACAAAUUGCCCAAUUGCAGAAAGACAACGAGAGCUGGAGGCAACGAUAUGCCAAGGUCAAGGCCCAGAACAAACACCUCCGCGCUUCGACAAUGGGGCUUGGUCUAAAUGCGGGUCUCGAUACGGGCAGUCUGGUUCGUCAAGAAGGUCUCAUCUCGGAAGGCGGUCUGGUCCGCGAUACGGAUGUCGCAAGCUUCCAGUUGGCGGUAGAUGAGCUGCUCAAGGUGGCACGCCAGCACAGCACCGACGACAUGCUGGAAAGCGUCAAGCAGGUCGUGGUCAGCAUCCAGGCUAUCACUUCUGCUGUGCGCGACGAAGGCUAUCCUUCUCCGGCGCCAUCACCACUCUCUCCAGGAUCUAGUGCGCCGACUCUUAGCGUUGGCAAACUCAAGGCCAGAGUUAAUGGCACAGCGAACAGUCUCAUUACUGCUACAAAACAACACGCUGCAGCACAUGGUCUCUCGCCUGUUGCACUGCUAGAUGCCGCGGCGAGCAAUUGUACUGCUGCCGUGGUAGAGCUCAUCAAAUCUGUCCGCAUUCGACCUUCGUCUAAGAGUGAGUUCCAGGAUCUGGAUGCCGUGGAUGAGCUGAAUUCCUUCUACGACGAUGGGGCGUCGCCAGUCGAUGGCAAAAGCCUGACGAUUCCCGUUCCACAGUUCGGACCUCGGGGCGAUUCUGCACAACCUGCACAGACCGAGGGCACUCCGACUGGCAAGAAAGGCAAUGGAGGCUGGUUUGGCUGGGCCGGAAAAUGGGGCGACGGCACCACUGACGACCACCCUCCACAGGUCGACAGCAAAGCUCCAUCGGCAAAUGGCGGGCCACAUCCACCCACAGCAAAUGGCCACGCACACAAGGCCUCCAUCGCCAGUAGUGGGAGCGAUUACGAUCCGUACCGGUAGUCUCGGUAUCCGGCCAACUUUGGCUACCCGACUGCAAGGAGGAAGGAGAAAGAGAAAGGAUGAGCGAAUCUCUUUUCCCAUGCCCUUCCCUGGAAGCAUAAUGUUUAUUGCGUAACAUCUUUUGGAGGUCCCUACAUUUUCCUGUUUUACUUACGGCGUUGGCCACCUAUGGGGCAUCGGAUUGCAACAACGCGGCCCACGUUUUGGAGGGCCGAACUGCUCACGCAUAUUUCUAUCGACGACCUUGUGCGAUAAACGCACCCCGCUUGUCUUUACAUGGACUUCUCGGAUCGUCUCUUAUUUCGAAUGGAUGCUGCUUAUGAGUAGCUGGGUGAUGGGUUUCGCUUCGAGUCUCAUAUUAGAUGAGGAAAAGAAAAUCCUUUGGAUACAGACCGGGAUGGAUAUCUACGACAAGAGGCGAGAGUCACACUGAUAUGGCGAUUACGGUUGAUCUUGAAAGUAGGAUUGCAAAAUCGGGAGCGAGAAAUCUUAAUAUGUAAAGACUUAGUGUCUCUUGUAUUUUACAUAUUAUCUGGUAUGAAGUGGACGUGGAAAUGUUCAUCUGUUCGAGAG